AUGAGGUGGGAUGCCAGACAUAGAUGCGAUUGUGGAGAAACCGGAGGAAGUGGGGAUGGUGGAAGCGGCAGUGGAAGUGGGGUAGGUGGCGGUGCUGUCGGUGAAGGAGAGAAAGAUGGUGGAGGUGGAGAUGUCUGGAGCGUUCGAGAUGUGAGCAGCGUCGGCGCCGGCCGCCAGACGGUGCUGCUCGGCGCCGUGAGGCGGGAUCGAGCGGCGACCGGCGGCGGGGCCGGGUGUGGUGUGGAGGGGAGGGGAGGGGGAGAGGAGGGGGCUGGCGGAGGGCUGUUCUCGCCAGUCGCGCGCGGACCGUUGCGGCCGCCUGAGAGCGCACCGAUCGCGGCGCGUUGCGGCUCUCCUCCGCCGGCGGACCGCCCGCCCACCAUCAGCUCACCACCAGCUCACCACCCGGCGCCACUCGUGCGGUGCGGGGGGACCGGUGGUCGUCUGUGGUCUCCUCGCCCGCCCUGCUUCCUACUACUGCUGCUGCUCUUCCUCUCGAGCUUCCGGUCCGUGCUGCUGGAAGCUGAACGCGCGAGCAAGUGUGAUUUAGUGUGUUUAAAUCUUGUGAGUACUUGUGUUGGUUAG